GAUGGCGGCGGCGGGGAGCAGCGCCUCCGGGAGCGGGAUGGCGCAGAAAACCUGGGAGCUGGCGAACAACAUGCAGGAGGCACAGAGCAUCGACGAAAUCUACAAGUACGACCGCAAGCAGCAGCAGGAGAUCCUGGCGGCCAAGCCCUGGACCAAGGACCACCAUUACUUCAAGUACUGCAAGAUCUCUGCGCUGGCGCUUCUGAAGAUGGUGAUGCACGCCAGGUCCGGCGGAAACCUGGAGGUGAUGGGGCUCAUGCUGGGCAAGGUGGACGGGGAGACCAUGAUCAUCAUGGACAGCUUCGCCCUGCCCGUGGAGGGCACCGAGACCCGCGUCAAUGCGCAGGCCGCCGCCUACGAGUACAUGGCUGCCUACAUCGAGAACGCCAAGCAGGUCGGACGCCUGGAAAAUGCUAUCGGCUGGUACCACAGUCACCCCGGCUACGGCUGCUGGCUCUCGGGGAUCGACGUCAGUACCCAGAUGCUUAAUCAGCAAUUUCAGGAGCCCUUCGUAGCAGUGGUUAUUGAUCCAACAAGGACAAUAUCUGCAGGAAAAGUAAAUCUUGGAGCUUUUAGGACAUAUCCUAAGGGCUAUAAACCUCCAGAUGAGGGUCCCUCUGAAUACCAGACUAUUCCACUCAAUAAAAUAGAAGACUUCGGUGUACAUUGUAAACAGUAUUAUGCAUUAGAAGUCUCAUACUUUAAAUCAUCUUUGGAUCGUAAAUUGCUUGAGCUGUUGUGGAACAAGUACUGGGUGAACACUCUCAGUUCUUCUAGUUUGCUUACUAAUGCUGACUACACCACUGGCCAAAUCUUUGAUUUGUCUGAAAAAUUAGAGCAGUCAGAAGCUCAGCUUGGAAGGGGCAGUUUCAUGCUGGGUUUAGAGACUCAUGACAAGAAGUCAGAAGACAAACUUGCAAAAGCAACGAGAGACAGCUGCAAGACCACCAUAGAAGCUAUACAUGGAUUGAUGUCUCAGGUUAUUAAGGAUAAACUUUUUAACCAAAUUAAUAUAGCUUGAAGUGCAUUACCUGUUGAUAUGUAUCUCCAAAGCAGAAAAUAUCAUAGUUCCUUCUGCUUGGACUUGCUCGGUUUGGGAAAUGAAGCUGGAGUGGGAAAUUAUUAAUUUAAUUUGUAGUACUUUAAUAUAUUUCCCACUUGUUUGACCAGUUUUAAAGAACAAAAUGUUCCAAAAUGUAGUGCAACUUUUUGUUCUUUAUCAUAAAACCAGAUUGCAGAGUUGUUCCAAAGGAAAAUAAAUGUGAGUUACUGGAUUUUGCUCUCAGAUGUUUAUCUCUGUUAUCCAGCUGCAAUAAAAGAAUUUUGAAACUAAA